CCGGCCCACCCGCCACCGCAGGAGCCGGGGCUCGGGGAGUUGCUGGAGGAGUUCUCUCGGACUCAGUACCGGGCCAAGGACGGCAGCGGGACGGGCGGCUCUAAGGUGGAGCGCAUUGAGAAGAGAUGUCUGGAGCUGUUUGGCCGGGACUACUGUUUCAGUGUGAUUCCAAACGUGAAUGGGGAUAUCUGCGGCCACUACCCCCGGCACAUUGUGUUCCUGGAGUAUGAGAGUUCUGAGAAGGAGAAAGACACGUUUGAGAGCACCGUGCAGGUGAGCAAGUUGCAAGACCUCAUCAACCGCAGCAAGAUGGCCAGGUGCCGAGGACGGUUCGUCUGCCCAGUGAUCCUGUUCAAGGGCAAGCACAUUUGCAGGUCGGCCACGCUGGCUGGAUGGGGGGAGCUGUAUGGACGCUCUGGCUACAACUAUAUUUUCUCAGGGGGUGCAGACGAUGCCUGGGCAGAUGUAGAGGAUGUCACAGAGGAGGACUGUGCUCUUCGAAGUGGCGACACGCAUCUGUUUGACAAGGUCAGGGGCUAUGACAUCAGGCUGCUUCGGUACCUGUCAGUCAAGUAUAUCUGUGACCUGAUGGUGGAGAACAAGAAGGUGAAGUUUGGCAUGAACGUAACCUCCUCUGAGAAGGUGGACAAAGCCCAGCGCUAUGCCGACUUCACUCUCCUCUCCAUCCCUUACCCAGGCUGUGAAUUUUUCAAGGAGUAUAAGGACCGGGAUUACAUGGCCGAAGGGCUCAUAUUUAACUGGAAGCAGGACUAUGUCGAUGCCCCAUUGAACAUCCCCGACUCCCUGACACACUCUCUGAACAUUGACUGGAGCCAGUAUCAGAGUUGGGACCUGGUGCAACAAACACAAAACUACCUGAAACUGCUGCUUUCCAUAGUCAACAGCGAUGACGACAGUGGGCUGCUGGUGCACUGUAUCUCAGGCUGGGAUCGGACCCCCCUCUUUAUCUCGCUCCUGCGCCUUUCCUUGUGGGCUGACGGGCUCAUCCACAUGUCCCUGAAGCCUGCUGAGAUCCUCUACCUGACUGUGGCCUACGACUGGUUCCUCUUUGGGCACAUGUUGGUAGAUCGGCUCAGCAAAGGAGAGGAGAUUUUCUUCUUCUGCUUCAAUUUUUUGAAGCAUAUCACCUCUGAGGAGUUCUCUGCUCUGAAGAUCCAGAGGAGGAAGAGCUUGCCAGCCCGGGAUGCAGGCUUCACCCUGGAAGAUAUCUGCAUGCUCAGACGAAGGGACCGGGGCAGCAGCACCAGCCUUGGCAGCGACUUCUCCCUGGUCAUGGAGAGCUCCCCAGGAGCUGCUGGGAGCUUCACCUACGAGGCUGUGGAGCUGAUCCCAGCAGGAGCACAGACUCAGGCAGCUUGGAGGAAGAGUCACUCAUCCUCUCCACAGAGUGUUCUCUGGAACCGGCCACAGCCCUCUGAGGACCGCCCGCCUUCCCACCAGGGGCUGGUAGAAGCCAAAUCUUCCAGCUCCUCCUCCUCAAACCAUUCUGACAACUUUUUCAGAAUGGGUAGCAGUCCCUUGGAGGUCCCCAAACCCAGAUCAGUGGACCAUCCCCUGCCCGGAUCCUCUCUCUCCACAGACUUUGGCAGCUGGCAGAUGGUCACAGGCUGUGGCAGUAUUCAGGAGCGGGCUGUCCUGCACACAGACUCCUCUCUCCCUUUCAGCUUCCCGGAUGAGCUCCCUAACAGUUGUCUGCUCGCAGCCCUGAGCGAUCGGGAGACCCGGCUGCAGGAGGUGCGCUCGGCCUUCCUGGCUGCAUACAGCAGCACGGUGGGGCUCCGGGCCCCUGCCCCCAGCCCCUCGGGUGCCAUUGGAGGCCUGCUGGAGCAGUUCGCCCGCGGUGUGGGGCUCCGGGGCACCAGCAGCAGCACUUUGUGACACGACCAGCUGACGACAGUUUCCUGUUCCUCUUUCCGCUGAGCCCUUAGUGGGAUCAAAGCCAUGCCUGGCCAAGGGGUACUUCUAGGGCAGGGGGAGAGCUCACUCCCCCUUCUCCAUCAUGCACAUGGCAGCCCCAAAGCUGAGCAGAGCCACCGAUCCCCAGCCCCCUGACGUGACCGUCACCGCCUCUUGUCACUGCCUCCCACCAACUCCCCAUCUUUACCGGGAUUCUCGUCAACUCUCAGAACUGGGGUUUCCUGGGGCCUGGCAGAGGCCAUGACUUCACACAAGGCCUCACCCUCCCAUUGUGUGUUUCCUGGGGAAAAUGGGGUCACUUGCACUGAGAAUGAGGCAGUUUGACACACAUCACGAAAUAAAAUCAAAGUCUUUUUGAGCAGCU